UUACACUACUAUUCUUAAACUUUUAUCUUAAAAUUAUUUUUCCGUUAUAUUAACAAUCUUAAAAACAGAUUUAAUUAAUAUGGCUCCUAACAAACCUGUCCUUAUGGCUGAUCAUUAUAAAACGUCAUAUGCCCGUAAUUUUGAUCAACAAAAUUUGAUAGAUCAGACUCUGAUGUGUAUUGAUCAAACUAAAGAAUUGAAGCCAAUAAAUUCGGACAUGAAGACGACAUAUAGUAAAUCCUAUGAUACCAAAUAUUUGGAUCCUUCAGCUUCUGAUUAUUAUCGACAAUAUUCCGCAAUGAAUCGGACAACUCUUGAAAGUAUGCAUGAAAAAUAUGGCUUUCAAAGAAAUCCAAGUCACGCGGCAAGGACUGCUCUCUACACAAGAUAUACACCGUAUGAGUGGGUGCAAAAUCAAAUAAGGUUUUAUAAUGAAGCUGAUUCAAAUCGACAUUUCUCUGAAUCAUUACGGAAGGAUACUGUUCGUUUGAUGCGGGAAGCUGAUGAGAGGGUGCAGGAUGGACAGAAGGAAACAGGUCGAAAGCUCGGUGAAAGAAUCACUGACAUAUCAUUCUGGCGCAAUGAAGUAGCUUCUGAAUUGGAAAGAAUAAUUAUUGAGAAUGAGAAAAUGCAAGAAUGUAGAAAGACACUUAAUAAAGCUAUACAGGAUCUUGAAGGUCCAUUGCACAUAGCUCAAGAGUGUCUAUAUAAUCGCGAGUCACGGAAAGGUACCGAACUUGUGCAUGAUCAAACGGAGCAAGCACUGCUUAAAGAAAUUGAGACGGUACUAAAUUGUCAAAAAAAAUUGGAACAAUUUACCAACAAGUGCAUAAAGCAGCUCCAAAGAGGCAGAGCAGUUCAAAACGAAUUAGAUAUGGAUAUUAAGAAUAAAGAAGGUGCUUUGGGGAUUGAUACCAUGUGUCAUCAGUUAAAUAACUUCAGUAGAGGUCUACAGUAUUAUAGCGGGAUCGAGAAAUAUGAUCCCAGUAUCACGGAAGCCGAGUCCUGGGCAGAGGCUUCGAAUAGCACUGUGAAAAAAUCUCAAAAUGAAAGAGCAACGUCGUGCCAGCUACGUAGCGACAUUGAAACCAUGAUAAAUGCCGUGGCACAAGAGAUGUGGAAUGCUUGGAGCAAUACGAAUAAUGCUUUGGCACGAAGAUCUGCAGAGAUGCUCGAAGCCAAGAGUAAACUCCUAAUUCAUUUAUAUAAGAUUCAGCAGGAGAUUUUCAAUAUUGAAAAGAAUUUAGAAUUAAUGCGCAAAGCUAUAGCUGAUAAAAGUGCAGCUCUGAAAGUGGCACAUACACGUUUAGAAGCAAGAACUCAUAGACCACAAUUAGAAUUGUGCAAGGACUAUGCGCAACUUAGAAUGAUAUCGGAAGUGGAAACUAUUAAUUCUAUGAUACACGACAUGCAUAUUAAGGUGCAACAAAGUGAAGCGCAGCAUCAACAACUUUUACGCACAAGAGCUAAUUUAGAAACGGAUCUCAAAGCAAAGGUCGAUGCACUUUUUGUGGAUCGUGAAAAAUGCAUGGGAAUGCGAAGAAGUUAUCCUAUUACAGCUACUGUUGUAUAUUGACAGGUUAUCGAUAUUCUUCCUAAUAAACACAUGAGAAUAGAUCAAUGAUCGAUCCUUCCUGGUUCAAUUCCUUAAUCGAUAGACCAAGUAAUGGUUGAGCAAUGAACAACUCUUGUGUUUGUUGGGUUUGUCUUAUAACGUUGUGAUUUACAUGUAUUUUGUAUAAUAUAUUUAUUUUUAUAUCA